AAAGUGGACUCAAAUUUCGGGUAACAAAUAAUUAUUCAAAGCAUCAUUAGUAAGAAAUAAUAUAGCCGAGUCGUGGGGAAUAAAAUGCGUCGAAAAUUCCCUCUUUUUGGGUGUUUGAGAUUAAUUGUUUCCAGAAAAUCACGAUAUUAUGGAACGUUAACCAAAGAAAUCAACGCACUUCGAUCAUCCACGCGUCAAAAUGUUGAUCUGAGAAUUCAAAACCUGGCGAAUUUUCAAUCACCCGCAUGUCUUCGAGAAGAAUUGCUGUGCAAAGUUAGUGAUCCAGUGCGGAAUGGACAGGACAAAGUAACAAUUGUCGGAGCUGGCAUGGUUGGUGUUGCCUGUGCUAACGCGAUCCUCUUUCAAAGGAUUAGCAGUCACAUAGCCAUCGUCGACGCAUUUCCAAAAAAAUUAGAGGGCGAAGGGAUGGACUAUUGCCACGGCUCUGUAUUUUUAGACGAUCCUCACAUAGAAUUCGACACUAAUUUUUGCAUAUCGAGAGAGUCAAAAGUUGUCAUAAUAACGACUGGUACUCGACAGAAAAAAGGAGAAAGCCGAUUGGAUCUCGUUCGAAGAAACAGCGAGAUAAUAAGAAAUAUCGUCCCACCACUGGUUGAAUACAGUCCCAAUGCUGUCUUUUUAAUUGUAUCAAAUCCAGUUGACAUUUUAUCCUGGGUAACGUGGAAAGCGAGUGGUUUACCGGUUAAUCGAAUAAUCGGCACCGGCUGCCAUUUGGAUACCGCUAGAUUUCGAUUCUCGAUUGCUGAUAGACUCGGAGUUUCAGCGAAGUCUGUUCACGGAUUUAUUAUCGGAGAACAUGGGGAUAGCCAAGUUCCAUUGUGGUCAGGUGUUAAUGUAGCGGGAGUACUUUUUCGAGAUAUUAUAUCGCAUGUCGGACUCGAAAUGGAUGAGGAGGGCUGGAAUGAAAUGGUCAAGAGCAUUAUUAAGGCCGGUUCUACAGUCAGAUGUUUGAAAGGAUAUUCCAAUACAGCCGUAGGUUUGACAGCUGCUGAUAUUACAAGGGAUAUCCUGAGAAAUAGUCAAACCGUCAAAUCGGUAUCCACAUUAGUUCAGGGACACCAUAAUAUUUGUCACCAAGUAUUUCUAUCUCUACCUUGUACAAUUGGUGCGAGCGGUAUCACCCAGGUAGUUCGAAUGCGAAUGACAGAGUACGAGAAGAAAUUGUUGGCUAAUUGUGCAGAAAUAAUUUAUAACACACAGAAGACUAUCGAAACAGCCUGAUGGCAAUCAUACUUAUGUAAAUGGAGAAAGGACGAUAAUUAAUUGAUGUACAAGAAGAAAAGAAAAUGUUGACUGAGGUGUUCGAUGUGUCAUAAUGCCAUAAAUCAAUCUCUUCUACAAUACAUACAAACAAAAAUGAAAAAAUUGUGUAUUUGGAAUUUUUGUUUUUCCUAAUUCGAGUUUUACGGCUAAUUGACGGUUUAUUCCGGUUGACUUAACCCGGUAGACCUUAAUAAAGCCCUCGGAAUCGAGAAAAGUAUAGAAAUAAUUUUUUUUCCACUGGUGCCUGGAGCCAGAUCGAGAAUUCGCCCCGUGAAGGAUGUUCUCCGCCUUUUCCUUAGAAAUUCACGUUCUUAAUUUUUUUAGUAAAUUUAUGAUGGGAUAGACAUGAAAGAAUCUUCCGUUUUUGCUUUUUGCCAUUAUUUAAUGACUCACAAAAUUUCAAGAUGGUGCGAAAGCUAAAAAAAAGGAGAAUUUUUGCUAAAAAGUUGCCAAACAGCUGUAGUGACCCUUUAACCCUCUAAUGAAAGCAAAAAAUAGGGCGAUUGAUGAAUACGUCAGUUCAACGGCAUACCAUGUACCUGGGGCUAAGCCGGCAGCUGUGGAAAGGUAAGGAAACAAUUUAAAAACCUGCCGCGGAGUGGCGUCAAUUUUACAACUUCAAAAAACCAUUCAAUUGGAAGAAUGAAUUAAAAAUAACAGUAAUACGAAUUUUAAGUUCAAAUAUGCAGUAAUACAUUUUAUAUUAUUUUUCUUCCACUACUGGAAGGUCUGAAGUCGUCCAGUAUUUUAAUUUGAUUCCUCAGGUUCCUGUGCAAUAAUGAUGAUGACUGAAAAAACACUGCACUUUUUAUUGGAGUGAAUAGAGUGAUGAAAAAAAGUAAAAUUUCCUGGAUGUCUGGUGGAAGUGGCCAUCCGAGGUGGGUAAAACGGUUU